UUCGACGUUCUCUAUUUCUAAAUGUCACGCGUGGAACGCGACGCAUAUAGUUUUACACCGCCUCUUUCCCAAUCGACAGGGAAAUAUACAAAGGCUAGCAGAAUUUUCAUAUUUCUCGUCGACACUCGGCAAAAGAUAUCGCGCAAGGCGAGAAAAAGAGUCGCAAGACGAAUCGUAUGAGUUGAUGACGAGUCGCGUCGAUGAUGGAACGGCAACGGGAAGGAGACAAGAAAGAGGAGGAAAACAUUUCAGACGAACAAAACGAAGGAGCGUCAAGGAUUUGUAUUAAUCAUUGACGAUAUUCGUCAUCCGUCGAUUUAUCUCGCGAGUUCUCGUUUAACGACUAAAGAGCACGACGAGCGACUCGCGGCUCGUGUCGCGCUGGGAAACACAACGCAGAGAUGGUCAACGCGGUAUUUCGCGCGUUCAACGCGCACUUAAUCGCCGAGCAUUUUCCUUUCUGGUUGGUUCGCGAUCGCGCAACUGUGUCUAAGUUGCGCAACGCGUAACUACGCUGCGUAAAAAAGAUGCCAGGGAAAGUGGGAGAUUUCGCGAGGAAACGAAUCGUCGGACGCGUUUUCGCAAAAGGAUGACAGCAGCGAGGAAGAAAGCGGCGAAGCAGUUGGAUAUCGCGGCGUUAAUUAUACGGUGGAUCGGAUCGGUUUAGUUCGGUCCGGUAGUCGAGUCGGGUGUGACAGCAACGACCUGCCGCUGGCCUAACAAUGGAAACUGGGUUAAAAAGUGAAAGGAUGCAGAGAUCGAAGGAGGAACGGCCGUGGCUCCUAUUCGGCUCGCUAUUCGCUAUUCUGUAUUCGCGUGGCGAUAGAGCUAGUUGCACUGUUCCGGUCCGUAUAAUCGGCUUUCCGGGUUCAGUGGUUUCCAAAUUGGCAGAAAUUUCGCUCGGUCGCCGAGGUCGGUUUCGUGUCUAAAGUGACUCGGAUUUUUAUCUUUAUCAAAAAUCUCGAAUUACCUCGAGAAUAACUGUCUUUCUAUGCUACGAGCUAUAUGUAUAAAUAGCGAGCAACGGGGCAAAGUUUUCUGUUUUGUCCUAUUUUUUUUUUUCCACCUCUCCGACGGAGAAAUCCCUCCUUUCUCUGCUUGUUGCCUCGCUGCUCUUUUGCGUUAAUCACCCCAUUAAUUACCCGCUGUUUGUUCGUUCUUUCAGCCGUUCGUCGAUCGGCAAACGGAAACACGCAAGUCGGCGAAAGUCGUCGCGACUCUCGUUUCAUCGUUUCGCGUUCACGUGCGCGCGUUUCUCGCUCACGAAAUUUGCUCACCUCGGCCGAUUAACUUUAUUCGCAACGAUGCGAAGCUGUCUGUGUUUCUACCCUCGAAAGACCUGUUAUCGCUAAAAGACCGUUUACCGAACGUAUAAAGCUUCUCCGUUUUGUCUCACAGCACAUUUUGCGCGGUCUAGAUGUUAUUCAGAAACCUUGUUAAACCUGCUAUUUACGAAAGAUGCCGUUCCGACGCCUGUAGCUAGCUGUUAUCGCGUAACCGGGCCAAGUACGAUAGAUUUACAUAGUCGUUAGCGUUUAAGAAUAGUCAGCCUGGUGAUUCAACUUGCAGCGUAAACUACCGAAAGGAUACAAAAUCGCGAUACAGAAAUUAGAAAAUACGUUGAACGAGUAUCGAGCGCACGUUCGAAGCGCCAUACGUAGGGAUCAUCGGUAAUCGGUAGAUCGGUCGCGGAUCGAAAACUAAAACGACGGCAGCUAGAAUCGAUUAGAAGGAGUUGCACGGAACGAGGAAAGGCAUGCACGCUGACACAUCCGGGUCUUGCCGCGCAUAAUCUAGCCAUUCUGUCGUGGCAGUCUGUUCUUGUAUCGGUCGGGAUACACGAGCCGAAAUUAUUUCAUCCACCCCCGCGGCUUUAUGGAGAUGUCAGCGACGGAUCGGAGGAGUGCGGGCGACAGGAACGUCACCAACUACCAGGCAAAUGGUCUGUAAAAACGUGACGUCAUGUUCUCUUUUAGAUAGACACCUGCCUCGAAAUAGAAAAGAUACAGGUAUUAUGAUUUUCAAUCAGGGAGGCUACUUAUUUUGCGCUCGAUUUGACACGAGUCGUACGAGCGUUCUACGUAACGCUCGAAAACCUUGAUUUCUCGGCACUCGAGGUAUUUUUAAAACGAAAGUUGUUUCAAGUGUCAAGCGUAACCGGGGCAUCCUUAGACGUUGAUAAUUAAUAGCAUUAGGGAUCGUCGAUGCACCGACCCUUGAUAGAAAUUCGAUAGGGAAGCACGCAUAAGAGCACGGUAUGGACAAACAGACGUUCCAUUUCGCAUAGCGUCAUCCCCUGAAUCUCCGCUUUCCCCCAUUAAGGAGAAAACGAGGGGAAUCAAGCGGAAUCGAAAGGAGUGACUCAACGUACGAACGAUGCGCGCGUUAAACGAUACAAAUCCCCUGUUUUCGGCUGAAAAUACCGAUCUCGUCACUGUCAAGAAACUGUGAAUUAGGAGACAAGUUUUUUUUUUUGACGGACUAAUUUCGCGUGCCACCUCCUUGCACGCCGUAUUCUCUCAAUUUUGGUCCGAAGAUUUCCAUCGGUUCCCGAGAAAAAUGGAUCUCAAAAAUUGUUUGAAAAAGCGUCGUUCCUCUCGAGUAGGUUUCUUUCUUUCGCGAAUAUUGUCCGACAGAGUUUGCGAAUUGGAAGCCUCGUGUCGUUUAUGGAAGACAGAGCGUUUCCUGUUUGCGUUAUAAGCGCGGUCUCUGCUAUCGGUAGUUUUCGUGCAAUGUCUCUGCUAUAAAGCGAUCGGUCGUAAAGAGAGCACGAUAGCGAACUCCGGACGAGAUUUAUUACUAUUUUUACGGUCUUGAAGGCAAUCGUGCAUUUUAUCGCGUAUUCUCGGUGCGCGCACUUGCAACGAACUGCGAUAAGUCGAGGCGGAAGUAGAAACAACGUAGAUAAGAGAGUCGGAUCGCUUCGACCCUUAUCGACGAUGAUCCUCCGUGGAACCUUGGAAAUCGCCGUUUGCCCGCGAAACGGUCAAUCGAUCUGAACCGACGAAGAAAGCACCGAAGAAACGCGAGGCAUCGGAAGAGCCUUCGACAGACUCGUUCGUCUCCUCCUUUUCACUUUCCACGGCUGUACUAUUUUUUAUUAACUCCGCAGUCCAGGCCGUGGUUGACUCGACAGAUACGAGGAGAAUAGGAGUAGAGAAUGGAAGAAGAAGGCUCGUCCGAGUUUUUACUAAUUACCAAUUAUAAAAACUGCUAAUCGUUACUCUAUCUCUUCUUUGUUUCCUCUUUGCCUUUUUACUCCUUUUCUUUGUACGAUUUUUCAUGCGAUCAUGUUUGUCCCAGAAAAGGCUACUCACCAGCCGUUUGAUAAUAAAUUAAAUUAAACUAGGUUAAAUGCAAGUGACAUAAUCGUUCCGCCAGGAGCGGUUGAUCGGUCGAAUAAGCGGCAAAUUUCGUUAUUUUUCAAGGUAAGUAGAAUCGGAGUUGAACGUUAUCGUAGCUACCAGUACGUUUCUACUUUCGUCAAGCAACGAUCGUGAUAUCUCUGUAUGGUCUUUUGGUCUACCGAGGUAUCUUAAAGCGUCGUGAAAGAAAGAAAAGACAGUGUAGCGAUGGAAGAGAACGAUACGCGGAACGUACGUUGCGAGCCAGCCUUUCGACCGAAACUGUUAAUCGAUCGAGAACCACAGUCCCACCAAGCAAGCUUCGUAUCGUGAUUUAUACAAGCCGGAUGUCGCACCGUAUAUCGCAAUCGAAGAUAAUUCCGUUUCCUUAAUUCGAAACGAGAACACGCGAACCUCAUCGUCUCGGACAUAGACACCACGGCUAUUUGGAAUAUCGAGCUUUGGGGGACAGAAUUUGGCCGGAACAGACCAGUCGCGUAGCGUUGUUCAUUCUCCAGUUUUUGCCGAGGUUCCCUCUUUUUCCACCUGCGUUCCGCGAACCGACUCUUUCAGCCGAUGGACCGUAUCCCGCAACGUUCAUCCCUUAUCGAUGGCUGCGCGGAAAAUCGAGCCAAAUAGCCCAGACACGGCGUACGUUUCGCUCGGGUUUUCGGAUUUUUUGGUAACGAGCGCCGGGAAUUCACGAAACACGGCAAGCUGCCGGCUGCUGGCUAAACCCGGCAACUUGGCCGCUCGUAGGAGAUAUAAAACAUCUCGAUAUUGAUUUUAGGCAGUCGCGCGAGGCUUCGGAGUUCGGUAGCGACGACGUCUAGCCGCGUUUGGCUAGAGUCGCGAAUAACGCGACCGACUACAGAAAUUCACGGUGGACCGAGCGAGACUGAUAUUCGGGAAAAAUCGGUUGACACCCGUCAAACCGUAUUGAUGGCUGUGCGGUCUCCGCCCCGAUAGAAAAAGAGCAGUGGCACGCGAAGCGACCUUUCACGGGACGAUGGUUCUAAACCGAUGGAUAAAACCGACGCACUCUGACGUUCGCGACGAUCACUAAUUACGAAAAAUUGCUCGAUACUCGACAGACAGCAGAUUCCGUGCUUCCGCAAGGAAUUAACGAACGCGAAUCGACGAACUGCGGUGGGACGCCGACUCCGACCCAUCGAUCGCUAGAUUGUCGCGCGAUUACUUUCGAAUCGAUAAUCAUAGCUGCGUAACUCGUGACCGAGAUAGCGCAAACAAUUGCUGGUAACUGACGCGAGAUUUAUUCGACGUUCGGUUUGCUCGUAAGGUCCCUUCUUUAUUAAUCGCGUUCCUCCGAUAAUAUUUUUUGGCUUCGUCGGAUGCGUGAGACGUUCAACAGCGACUUUGUAAGUAAAGCGAUCGUUUAUCGACUAUUUCGAUGGAUUUCACGCAGCCGGGCUAUCGGUCUAUAAAAUAAAACAUAAAAUAUACAUAAAGCGAAACGCUUGGCAUUGCCACGUUUUCGGAACGGCUAAGAAAAUUCGAUCGUCGAUAGUUUCGAUCGUAAAGAAUCGGUGGAUGGAUUAGCAGAGCGAUUGUAAUCGCGGUUUAUGACGCCGAGGAGAACGCGUGUCCGUCGGUGCGACGUAUGCGAAUCAAUCGAAACGACGUUUACGGGUCGUGCACCUUUGAAACCUACCUACGGAUAACGACUUGGCGCGACACGUCCAGCCACGAGGUAUCUAGACUCGGUACGACAGUUCCUUAUGGAUUUUACACGACUGUGCACUCGGCGAGGCACAAUAGCCACCCCGGUGACUAAGCCGCAUUUCCGGGAUACGAGAGAGAUCUCUUAUUUUCCCCAUCGGUUCGGCUGCUACUUUCGCGUUGCCACUCCGUUCUCUCGACAACCGCGUGAUUAACGAACCUCGGUAAAAAUCCUCCGGGUCCUUGCAAUCUACUAGUUCCAUUUAGAAAGCAGCAAUCGACGAGUUCUUAGCCGAUAUUCUGCCGCUAUUCUUCGCUUCUCUGGGCUUUCUCGGUGAAGCACAAUUCGACUGGAACCUCGAAACUCGGAUGUCUCGAUGUGCUCGAUUUAACAUCCUCGGUAUUACAGCGAAGUACUGAACAGAAGGAACACGAAGCGAGGUCUUUCGAAGCGAACGAACCCUCGCUUCUGCAAAUUACGUUACACGCGAUCCUGUGACAAAUGCAGAGACGACGUUGUCUUUUCAUCCGUGAAUAUGGCAAUACAGCGGGUUAUACAGUAGACUAUUUAGCUUUACGUUGGCACGGUGGCAACAGUCGCUUCGCGCAAAUUUCUCGUAUUCGGAUUACGAGCGCACAAUGGAGCGCCGUUAUCACGCACGCCAUCGGUCUUGCGUGCAUGCACAAUUUUCCGCAGAUACGCCUGGAAACGAGUUAAAAUCGAAAUUCGUGAACGAGAUGCUCCGCUCGAGUGAUCUCCACCCGCAGCUUGAGAUUUACCAAUUUUUUCUAUUCUCCUUUUCUUCGCGUUACAGCCGACACGUUUCGCUACACGAGUUUGCGUUUAUCCAAAAAUGUACGACUUCUUCUGUCGAAUUUUUCUCUCCCUAACGUCUGUCGACGCGUAAAGCAGUCCAUUGCGUUAACGUUACAUGCUCGGGAAGCUGUUACUCGCGUGACGCACGGUCACGCGUGGCCGUCAAACGGAAAAUCAAUCGCCCCAGUCCGCUGGUUUGCGUAAUCAAGUGGACGAAGGCCUGACCGAAAUCGAUCGGUGAUCGCCAAUGGGAAAACGAAAGUCGCCAAUGCGCCCGUCCGACGAUUAGAUCGUUACAAAUUACCCGAUUUGCGGUUUAUAUUCGACUCGAUAUAUAGUCAUACGUAGGGUCGAUAACUCGCCUAAUCGCAAUCUGUUGCAUCGGGAGGCGCGUGAGUCUGUAGGAAAGGUCGGAACCGUCGGAAGGGUGGUUAAAAAAGAAGGAACGCGCGUGUCGUGGCGAGGCAAAUUCAUGAAGAGGAUGAGAGAGAGUGAGAGAGAGAGAGAGAGAGGGAGCAAGGCGUGGAGAUUUUCACGAGGCUAGAAGCACGCGUGCGCGCGAUUACGCGUAUCCCUGACAAAUAACCGAACACAGCCAUUCUGGCGUCCCCUAUGAGUACGAGCGCUCGAGGAGCUCGUAGGGAAUGGUUUGACGGAGAUGGACGCAGAGGAGCCGCGUACUCCACCACCGGGCGAGCGAGCGAACGAGAGAAAAAGAGAGAAAAUGUGUGGUGUGUGUGGGUGUGUGUGUGUGAAAGAGAGAGAAAGAGAGAGAAGGGCGAAGAGCAGCAUACGAUAUGUGUGCAAACGAAGAGAACAGAGAAUCGAGGAGAAACGAGGAGCGAACGAGCAGGGACGAAGGGUGGUUACCGGUAAGAAGGGUGUACUACCCCUCGCUAGAGUCGAGUCUUACCGCGUUAAUUGCAAGUACUUCCCUCGGGGUACCGCAACGGGUAUACAGUUCCACCCACCUUGCAGGUUCCACCCCAUCCAGUAGGGUUUAAGGGUACGCAGGGAUGAUUCGUGCACCCCUUUUUCCCUUUUCAUGCUCACCCGGGUCCUUUCAUUCCUCGCCAGUGGUUAAAAUAUUAGGAUUUCCUCGAGGUCUUGUGCGUUCGUGUUAGGGCUAUCGCACUAGCCCUCUCCUCCACUCUCUUUCCUCGCGCUUUCUCUCGCUCUCGCCGAGAUUCCCUCUCUUCUCUCCCACCGCUGACUCGUCAACGGCUCGACGCGACGCUGCUCCAGCCGAUUCUACUCUCGAAAACUCUUCUUACUGCUUGACACCCUCGUUCGAAGCAACGGGCCAAGAUUCGAAUCAAAGGCGAGCUGCCGUUUCCACCGCUGUCGGUCCCAAUAUGCCCUUGCGCGUGUAUUUCUUUCGCCGUAGCAAAUUGUUUUUCGGAAUAUCCGAUUUCCUUUGAACACCUCGAACGAUUUCGAAACGAGAAUAACCGUUUCCGCGUUUUGGAAUACGACGUUCGUUCUACCGCCGUAUCUGGUCGAGUAAGUGGUUUUCGCGAGAGAGACAGUCUCGAAAACAAAUUUCCGUUCUCUUCGAUUGCGAGUAUUUCUUUUCUUCUCGACAAAGCUCGGCACGAAGCAGCACGAGCCGAUACAAAGCAGAAGAAGAAAAGAAGGGUAGUUACGCGAUGGUAGAUGCUAGAUACGGGAAUGUAAAACGUACUGAAUUGCGUACUUUCAUCUCGAGUACUCGCGGUCUUCUUCCUUGCAUUCCCGCUCGCUUGUUACGCUCGCACGCCUCUAAUUAUCGAGUCAUCGCACAACGAGCAUAAUUGCCGCUGUCAAAGAGCAUAGCGUUCCGCUCGUCGCCUUUGUCGCCGUUGCUUCCAGUUGCCAACACCGCCACGCUACCACGAAAUAAGACUUGCGCGGACCACGCGGAGAGAGCUACAAUGGUUUCUACUUCUUUUCUCGGUUUGAGGAAGCUCGGCGAUUCAGUUUGUCAAGAUCUCGUGGAGCUUUUGUCGUUCAUCGUUGAGAAAUUCGCCGAGACGCGGAGAAAAAAGAGUUAUCUCGCUCCUUACAUUUUGAGUUAACGAGCAGAUCGGAGGAUUAAACGCUUCCAACUCUUUUCUCUUGCUAAUUCACCGGUCCGGCUCCCUUUGACCGUCUCCUAUAAAACGAGCAGCGAUAAAAUUUAUCUGGAAAAUUUAGGAACGCGUCGCGUGGGCAGAGCGUCCCGCUUCUCUUUAGAUCCUUAGAUAGAGUAAAAAACGUUGCGUGGUAGCUCUAGCAGAGGUUCCUGACGUGCUUUUAUUUCCGUAUGCCGUAAGAACUUCUCGUUCGUCCGUCGGUCGCGCGGAUUUCAAUUUCGGUACACCCUGAAAAGCUGCAGGCUUACGAUGAAUUUCUCGAACCACGUUCUUCUUUUACCUUCUACCUCUUAUUAAAUCUCUCAAGCAGUCAUCGCGACCACUGAACGACUUAGCAAAAGUUUUCGUACUUCUCCAAAGAAAGUUCGGAGUAUUUGCGUCCGAAAACCAACUACCUCGAUCGAACGAGUUGACGUAGCUGCACUUUUAUGAAAAACGAUCGCGAACCAACGUUCCUUCCUUCGACAAACUAAGGUCUUUGUCUAGAACGCUUACCGGGUGCUUUAAUUCGAAUAAUCCUUCGUAUCUCGAAGUAUAGGAGAACUUUUCUCCGAGCCACGAGCCACGUAACUCGAGCCGAAUAAUCGCUGAUCUCGGCGUUAAUCCGCGGAAGAAAAAAGUUGGCUGAAGGCGACGUUUCGCAAAAGGUAGGUAGCUUUCAUUGUCGCAAGCAGAAUCACGGCGGUAAUUUAUACGUAAACUUCUGGUACAACAACGUGCCGCGUUACGAAACGGAGCUAGCACUCGAAGAAUCUUGUAUCGCGCCUCGUGGGAGCAGACCACCCGACCCUCGUCAUUUACCAUCUAUUUUCCGAGCGUCCAUGUAUGGAAUACAUAUUUAAUAGACAUUGUAUUUACAGCGGCGUAAAUCAAACUACGGUAUGGACAUCGAACGUAUGCAAGCCACGCUCGAACGUCACCGUCGCCUUGCCUCGCCUCGCUACGUGUCGCAUGGCUUCGUGUCGCGUACCAUCGUCGUUGUAUCGCAUUUGACCACUACGUAUUAUGUAUAUUCACGCGUCCACGUGCGACAACGCCACGUUCUGCCGCUCUGUGUCGCGACUACCAAUCGAAUCCCUCAGCCUUUUCUGCUUUUCGGCCAAUUUGCUCGGCCUGUCCGACCUCGUUUCUGUUCGUCCCGGCAAAUCGUUUACUUCUCGACGUUCCAAGAUGUUACGGUUGCCAAAUCGUCCAAUUUUUUCAACAGCGAAGACAGAAAAAGAGAGAGGAGGUAAUUUUGCACAACGUUCCGGGCAAAUGAACGCACCCUCGCAGACGCGCGGACGGCUGAUCUUUGAGGAAGCUUCGUUUCCUCAAGAGAAAGAGAUACAUUAGGAAAGGUACGAAGCGACGGUUUGGGAAACGGAGGAAAAAUGGAUGGACAAGCAAAAACUGACGAGGACGAAGCGUCAAAGAGUUUGAAGGUAACGAUGGUGGAGAGGGCGAAAGCGGGCAGGGAAAAAGGAAGACCGGCGGCAGAGGAUAGGAAGAGGGGUGUUUCGAGUGUCUGCUGCUGUUCUGGCCUGUGUUAACACUUUACGCCUCCCUUUUACGUAUUACCGUCUCCACUUAAACGCUUUCGUACGAACUUGGACGGUCUGACUCGUAAAAUACAGCCGUAACUACUUUCAUGCGAUACGCCGUGCACACCGAGCGAAAACAGCUCGAGACUCUGCACCCGCUUGAAAUUUCUUGAUCGCGAAUCGAAUCGCCCUUUCGCGAAAAAUUUUUUCUACGACGAUUUACCAACCGACGUAAUCGACCUACUAUCGAGUAAUCGAUUUUACAAAUAGGAAAUAUACGAAAGAAACAGAUUUACCGAAGCGAGUUCUCGGAACGAUGUACGAAACAAAUUUCCCAAGUUUGCUCGCGAAAAGUGAUUCGGUAAUCAUCGCCGAGAGAAAAUCGUUGUCGGGGAACGAGAGGAAUUUGUCGAAACUUCGCCACUUUGAUUGCCUCUAUAUCUUUACACGACUGAUCGACGCGUCGACGGUUUUCUGCACUGCGGACGUUUCUAUGGAUCAUUCGCGAACUUCGAAAAAGUAAGAUGGAGUCGUUGCGCAACACACGGCAAUCGCGUCAACGAAAAAGCUUUGAGAUCGGAUCUGCGUGAUCCAAAAAUCUAGGAAAGAAAAGGACGAAGAUCUUCGAUUACGUCGUCCUUCGUACGUUUUUCUGCAGGCGCCCGAAAUGGCUGAAAGUAGCUAGAAGUAGAGGCGUGACAGCUACCCGAGGAACGUAAAUUGAAAACGUCGACGAUCGAGCGAAUUCGAACGAUCGAAAGUCGUUGAAAGAAUCGAUUCGUGUUAUUAAAUCGGCAGAGACGGCAGCCUGCACAUUUCACCGGGUAAACAAUGUGCGUUCCGAGGAGUUGGUAGGUUGCAGGAUGCUUCAGACUGCAUUCGGUUUCCGGUGUCCGGGAGUGGAGCAGGGGCGAGCGCGGUAUGCGAGCGACCGUGUCGUCUGCGGUGCGGUGAAUAGGCGAAGUGCCAGCUUCGAACUUUGUUGACUCGUCCCAACGCGUAACUUGCAUCGUGCUCGAUAGAGACAAGUACACAAGUACACAAGUACGACCUACGAGUGGACCGGAUUCUAGCUUUUCCCUCUCGGUGCAACACGUUGCAUCCCAUACACUGCGAUUUGCAUCGGAGAAAAUUUCACGAAAAAAGAUCCAUUUUUCGCGUUAUUUUCUUCGGUGUUGAUCGAUUAGACGUACAGUCCCAUGUAUUGCUGACAACUUGGCAACAUCAAGAAAUAGAUAUAUAUAUAUUGGAGGAAAGCUCUGACGGGAAUUGAAAAGUGGCGAUACGGGUGGGCAGAGUGACGUAGGAUUGUCGAUGGGACGGACGACCGUACUUAUCUAUCGGAUGGAUAGGAACGAAUAACGCGGCUAGCGAUUUCAAUGAGCAAACCCUACCGGAAUAGUGUAAACACGAACGAGAGACGGACACUAUCUGGGUAGGAACGAAUAUGCGUGAUUUGCCUGUAGAGAUAUGCGUAAAUCAGCGGUGCAUCGACCUUUAACAGGUUGACUGUCGCGCCAAUUGUAUAUCUUUUGUCCGAAAUAUAUUACGCCAUAAAGUUCAAUUUUUCCAGAAUAUUUAUACGGAAUUUGAUAAUUAGGCAGCGAUUUUGUAUGCAUUUACAGGAGAAAUUUAAAGUCGAAUAAUUGCACAGAAUGUAUAGAUAAUAUGAAAACGUAUUUGAAAGUAUAACGCGUUCUAUGAUACAUCGUAGCUAAAACAAUUGUUCUUUUUUAUUUCUAUUAAACUCUGCAGUUUACCGAUAAUAUUAUCUUAAAUUCAUUCGCAUCGUUGAACAUUUUUCAACGAAAUUUAUCUUAUUUUAAUCGCUCUAAAAUAUUUAACGAGGCGUGGAUCACCGAUAGCCACAGUGGCAAUUAACGCGUUAAACAUCAGAGAUUUAACGACAGCUCGUAUUUUCUAUCGGAAAGAUCGUAUUUUCUUCUCGCAACAAUGGACAGAAAUUCGUUUCGCGAUCCUCCGAGGAUCGUUAAUACGUCAAAAAUAAGGUCGCGCGAUUUAAAAGACUUUUUGCGGCAAUUUCUAUCGUUCGGUGAUUUAGCGAUUGCACCAACGGCACCGAGAACUUUCCCGUAUUUAUGGCAAUUACGUAGGUCUAUGCUGCGGAGGACAGGGCAGAGAUUACCAAGAGCCAAUUAAUCGUAUGCGGUUGAACAGUCCGAACCCGAAGGGAAGUCUCCUAUUUGUUAGUUUCAAAUCCCACUCCACCCACGUUUCUAACGCUGCCAAAUAGGAACAGGAGCGAUCCUAGGAGCGGACAACGUUAAAACACCGAUAAAUACACCAGGAGGAGCAAAGCAGUCGCGUAUCUCCAUAAAGGAAACUCGGAUCGAGGGAUUCCUCGAGGGAUUCGCGAAAAGAUCAAAGGCAAAGGUCGUUAAUAUACGUACGAUUAAUCCAACUGCCGCAUAUUUUAGAUACACGUACGUCGACAAAUUUCCUAUUCCAUUUUCCGAACGAUCGUUGAUCGUCCCGCGUUUGUUGCAAAGAUCGCGGAUCGCGUCGAACAAACAGUGGACCGCCGUUUGCCUAUUAGCCAAAGCUAAUUUUGGAUUUGAUUUUACGAAUCGUGUACGAAAGUAUUCUCACUUCAGAUAUUUCUAUCGUUACGGACUUAAACAUGUUAUCAUUCGAGUUGCGCUGUUGUCUACUGGUUGUCCCUAGAUGCGACGUCGGCAUGCGAUGCGAUUUACGGCGCCCUGGCGUCGAUAUAAAACUUUUUACGAUCGCGUGAAAGAAACGUCGUUUCGAUUCAUCGUUCCUCGAUGGCAAAUUUAGCGUCGAACGGAUAAAAAUAAAGCUGAAGUCGAUCAACUGGGAGGACGAAGAUGGUAGAAAUAUGAAGAAGGGAGGCAGAGAAGGAAGAAAGACAGGAAGAAACAGUAGAAAACGGGUUGUCAGUCGGUCAGAACUAGCUCGUAAGAAGCCAUCCCCCAGGAGCUUUCCGGUGUCAGACGCUUCCUGUGUUCCUAUCUGCCUCUAUAUACCUAUCGAUCCUCGACCUGCACCCUCCUCUUUGUGCCAUCCGACUGUCGUCCCUCUCUUUUCCACCGCCCUUUCGACCUCCUCGUCCCUCCAGGCUCGAUCUAUAUCGUAUUCGUACCCCUCUCUACACGAGGUGUCCUCGCUCGUAGCUCGCGCCAUAACGCUCAGGGUAAUUUACCUUGCAUAUUUAUACGCACGUCUCAUCGAGAAAAGUGCCUCCGUUAAAUGCUGCUCUUCUUUUCUCUUCUAUUCUUUCUUCUCCUCUCUUCUUCUCUUCUUUCCUCUUCGCCCGUCUACUCCUUCUCCCUUCUUCCUCUCUACUCUUUCACCCCGUGUAUCUGCCGUUUUCUCUCUUUGCUCGGGGUUAACAACGUUUAAUAGAUUCUCGCUAGCGGAGCUUCGAUAUUCUAGAAUCGCGAUUUUCUUCAACCGCGAGCGAUCAAACGUGAGUCGAUGUCGUCUCGUAUAGAAAUCUCGCGACUCGUCUUUCCACGUUCGCUCGCCUCUUCGUAGUCAAUAUCAUUUUUCAAUCGAAGGAAGCGUUUCGUCUUUUCCAAAGAGAAUUCAAGCUGAAAUGGAAUCGCCUCGAGCGCCGUUUCUAUUCCGCACAGGGGCGUUUUCAGAACCCUUUCUCGUUUUCUACGCCCGCGACUCCAACGAAUCGAUCAUUUUACGCGAAUACCUCGCCGAACGAUUCUUAACUCGAUCGUUUAGCAGCAUCUACGGCUGCGAUUAGCCGGAUGCGAUCGUGAGGCGAAAAUAUGUUCAGUGACGAUCAGAACGCACGAAGGUAGACACCGGUUGAAUAUGUAAGCAGACAAGGGCCGGAAUGACGAUACUGGCUUUCGUUAAUAAUUAAUCCGUUAAAUGAUUAAUCGACAUUCGGCCGGCCGAACCGUCUGACUUAACCUGUCUAAUUCCAUCGUAAAUGAUUCAUCGUGUCGAUGUCACUUCAAAGUUUAUUUCGAUCGUAAUAGUCGGUACUGUCCUAUGAAAUAACAUUUUCUCGCUUUUAUGGAAUUUACGCGUUAAAAUUGGUAUCCGUUACAUCUAGCCAGCGAGAUCGAAGGCUGCCGGCAAUCAAUUUGCAAUUACGCGACCCGAUUUUCCGUAAUCCCUUUCGAACAAUUUCUUUUCAGAGACGAUCGCUACCAAACGGCGAGUUCUUCUUCGUAAAUUGAUUCUCCGUUUCUAUCGGAGGAAAAGACGGUACGCUCUGUUAGAUCUCUCGCGAGUCCAAUUUAUACUCGCUGCUUCGGCUCAUCCGAUGGAAAUUUGUUUCGAGGCAAACGCUUAUGUAAAUAAAUUCUCGACACGGUGAGAAAUACUUUGAAAUUCUAUAAGAGCGUUUCGGUUCGCGGAAAUUCAGCAAACGUCGUAAUCCUACAAAUAAUAUAGAAGAAUUUCACGUUGAUCAGAAGUUGUGGAAGGUACACGCGAUGACCGAGGUAAAAUCAUUCGACAACGAUCGUAUCGGAUGGUCUACGCCUAUCUUUUAAACCGAGGGAAACUGGACGGGACAACGAGAAUCGCAUUUGCGCGUAAAAGUUUGAAAACUAGGGAUUUUCGCACGCUGCAAAUCGCACGUCUUUCAAAAGGAAAACGCGGAUGCAACGAUUACCGGUCGAAGGACGCGAGAUCGAUCGAAAAUCUCGUUUGUUUCUUACCUCGGACACAAACCACGAGUAGUUACCCUGGUACCGACGAGAACACACCGAGCCAUGCCCCACCGUGCACGUUAAACCGAGAGAAUCAAAGUCUCCCUAGCUCCGACUCCCUCGCUUUCAGCGAUGGCUCCGAUCGUUCUCCGUCGCGUUCGCUCGCGCUUUGUAAGAAGCAACUACGUGUUCUGAAAUAAUCGCGAAUUAACCACGUCGACUCCUCUAAGCUCACCGCAAAAACAUAUCUGGUUGGCGUGAUUCGAGUUUGCCUUGGCGCGUCGUUUAUCGUCGUAGAAGCGGCGUGUAAAAUCGAGGAAACGGAAGCGCGAGAAUUCGCUCGAAGAGUAUCGACGAUGUCGUCGCUCGGUGAACGUCGUCUGCUCGAUUCGAAUCGAAAGUGGAAUCGGACAGACAAGUUGAAACGAGAACGUAUCCGAAACGAUUUGUUCAUCGGCCGGGACAGUUUCGAAGAGACUCGAAGCGGUCGCUACGCACCACCGAUUCAGCCAGAGUGAAGGAAGGGGUGGCCGCAGGGGUGGCGACGAGUUUGGAAGUGCGCGCGCAACUUACCCCCUCUGUUGGUGCCCGUGUAACACGUAAUCGAACUAGGAGCGCCGCGGUUCGUCGUCAGCUCCGUCAUCCGCGAACGACAGGGGCCAAAUCGUUGACCACACACGGCUGGAUAAAUCGACUAUCCGUCGAAACGAAAAGAAAAUCCAAGCCUGGUGGAUGUUUCGUUCGAAUCGAUCCGGUCCUCGGACAAGUUUCUAGCGAAUCUAGUGAAAUAUCGGUGGCAGUGGCGGUGAUGGUGACGGUGACGGUGAUGGUGGUGGUGGUGGUGCAUGAGUCCGCGUAGGGUGGAGGUACUGGGGGAGUAAAGGGACAGUCGGUGAGCUUCGUAGUCUCCUCCCGUGUUGGCUGGACGUGGAUUCGAAAAGGGCGAUCCGAAGGUCGAAAACGAUCGGGAAAAGGAAAAUCGUUUCGAUUGGUGCGGAGCGAAAGUUCGAAGGUUGCGAGCGAGCGGCGAAGGGCGAGAAAGCACCGUCGUAGGUAGAAGAGGGUACUACACCGCGGGCGUUUCGCGAACCGAGACAGGGGAUCGUCGCGGUGACUCGCGAACGGUCAAACCAUAAGUCGGAGUGCGUCGGUUACGUCGCAAUGGCGCCGAACGCGGCUCCGUCGAGGAGCGACUCGGUUUCCGACGGAGCCGCCGGUGAUGGAGCGACCGUGAGCCGUUCACGUGAGCCCACCCCAUGUUACUAGAACCGCCGCCGUGGCCCGUGCUCGUGAUCCAACCGAUUCCGGACUCGUACGAGUUCCCCGUUUCCUCAUUUGCCCCCGUUCGGUGAACGCGAAUCGGCCAACCACCAUGAAAAGGAUCCGCAAGAGGCAGCCGCGCAAGAUGAAAGGCCGGUCGCGCGAGUGACAGUGCGUGUACAUGUGUCAGAGCCGAGUGGUGGGCAAGUUUUCGGGUGAUCGUUCGGUUCGUCGAUUUUUCGAUUUGUCGUGGCCGUCGCCACCCGUGUCCUCUCGCUCGUCGUCGAAAGGAACGGGGGUAUCUCCCUUUGACGAUCCGGCAGAACGAUCUGCCAGCGAUCGUCGUCUACUCGCCGAUCGCCAUGCCGUGGAUUAUCGCCGACACGAAACACCGCUCCGUCACGGAGUGAUCCUGCGAGGACGGGCAGCACGCGAAACAGAGAGGACCAAUCGUAGGAAGAAAAACCGAAGGAGAGUCUAGCGGAGAAAGGAGGAACGGAACGAAAGGAGGAAGCGAAAGAGGGAAAGAAAGGAGCGGAAGAGGCCGGUACGCUGGCUGGGUGGGUGGUGAAAGGAAGUUUGCAGGAGAUUCGUUACCGGCAAGCCAGGGUUUCUAGGAUAAUCUAGCCAACCUGGCGGACCAGGAGGAAGGUGGCUCGACGAUGCAGGACAAGGAGAGCCCCGUCGGGUCCAACACCCAGGAGACCCAUCAGUACGUUGGUCCUUAUCGACUGGAGAAGACCUUGGGAAAAGGCCAGACAGGAUUGGUCAAACUCGGGGUCCACUGUGUGUUGGGCAAGAAGGUGGCGAUCAAGAUCAUCAACAGGGAAAAAUUGUCAGAGUCGGUGCUGAUGAAGGUGGAACGGGAGAUCGCGAUUAUGAAACUGAUCGACCAUCCGCACGUGCUCGGCCUCUCUGACGUAUACGAGAACAAAAAAUAUCUAUAUCUUGUUCUGGAACACGUUUCGGGCGGGGAGCUUUUCGACUAUUUAGUGAAAAAGGGUAGACUAACGCCGAAGGAAGCGAGGAGAUUUUUUCGACAAAUCAUUUCUGCUUUAGAUUUUUGUCAUAGUCAUAGUAUUUGUCACAGAGACUUGAAGCCUGAAAAUUUGUUAUUGGACGAGAAGAAUAAUAUCAAGAUAGCGGAUUUCGGAAUGGCGUCGUUGCAACCUGCCGGCUCCAUGCUGGAAACCAGCUGCGGUUCUCCUCAUUACGCCUGUCCCGAAGUGAUUCGAGGUGAGAAAUACGACGGAAGGAAGGCAGACGUUUGGUCGUGCGGGGUGAUACUUUACGCGCUUCUGGUAGGUGCGUUGCCCUUCGACGACGACAACUUAAGAAAAUUAUUAGAAAAAGUGAAACGAGGCGUGUUCUACAUACCGCACUUCGUGCCGCCCGAGUGUCAGAAUCUGCUGAAGGGGAUGAUCGAAGUAGAUCCGGACAAGAGACUAACGCUGGCGGAGAUAAACAGGCACGUGUGGGUGACGGCGGCGGGCAAAGGCGAGUUAGAAUUAGAGCUGUCGAUGAUGGACGUGGUGCAGACGCACGUUAUUCCGUCCGUGGAGGCGAUCGAUCCGGACGUGUUGCAAGCGAUCGCGAGCCUAGGUUGCUUCAAGGAACGGGACAAACUGAUUCAAGAACUGCUCAGCCCGAAUCACAACACGGAGAAGGUGAUCUAUUUUCUACUGUUGGAGCGAAAACGGAGAAGACCGGCGUGCGAGGACGAGCUGGAAGUAAUGAGAGGAGGUAUGAGAGGAUCCGCCGGACAAUUGGAAGCGGAUCCACCGAGAAAGCGAGUGGACACGUGUCGAGUAAACGGUAGCACGGCCCUGAAUCUCGGCGAAAUUAGUCACGGUUCUCCUUUAACGCCUCGAAGGCAGUCGAGCAUUAGGCAUCAUGCGCGUCGUUCGCCAAGUACGGGAUGCCACACACACGCGUCGCAUUCGCACGCAUCGACGCCAGGUAGUUCGCCGUUGCACGGCUCGAACGCCGUCGCAGGAUUGUUAAGUCCUCACAGGGCACCGCCGACCUCGCAUCUAGGCCAGACGAUGAGUCCUCACCGGCUGUCGUCGGUAACGACCGCAGCGGGCAACGGAAACACCAGCGUACCGCCUGUCGUGGCCCCUGUUCCGGUUCUACCCAACGUGGGAAUAGAAAUAAAUGACGUCCAGCAGGUCCGUUUCGCAGUAGUCGCGGUCGGCGUUACACCGCCAGGCUCGCCGCACACCGGCGCCGGAUCUAGCGCCCAUCACUGGCGAUCGAGGUUGACGACCAUCAAGAACUCGUUCCUUGGUAGUCCCCGAUUUCAUCGACGCAAGUUGCUCACAAGCGCCGAGGAGGUACAUCUCACGCCGGAUUCCUCCCCGGAACUUACGAAGAAAUCAUGGUUCGGUAGUCUGAUGACCACGGAAAAAGACGAAACGUUCACCAUUCUGGUAAAAGGGAAGGCUCUGGCCAGCGUCAAAGCCGACCUGAUUCACGCCUUUUUAUCGAUAGCGGAAUUGUCUCACAGCGUAAGCUCGCCGAUGUCCUUCAAAGUGGAAUACAAAAGGGGAAGUACGGCGCCGGCAAUGUUCCAAAGACAAGUCCGUUUUCAAGUGGACAUUAGCGCCAUAUCGAAACAGCCGAACGAACCAUUGUUCGCUAUUACUUUUACUCUGCUAAGCGGAAACAUCCGAAGAUUUCGAAGGGUCUGCGAGCACAUUCAGUCGCAGGUCUGCUCGAGAAGCGUAGGAAUAAAUUUGGGAGGGCAGAGCCGCGCGGCACCGCCUAGUCCGCGAGCAUCUCGGAAAUUUACCACGGAGAUGAGCGAAAGUUCCAGCUGCGGUAGCGACACCAGCGAACGGUUAUUUCUCAGCCCGCACCCAGCUACCAGACAGGUAGUCUGUUUCAACAAGAUCGACUCGGACAUCGAAUCGGACACGUCCGUGUUUGACGUGAAAUCGCCGACCCGCGAGAACGGUCGCAGAAGUUCCACGUCAACGAACAACAACAACCCGUUACCAGGCGACGCGACGCCGACUCCUGGAAGUCCGACAAAGGCGGUGCGUAGUAAUUCGGAGAGUCAAAACACGCCGGAGAAAAAAUGCGUAACAACGAUGAGCGGCAAUAACAUAGCGUGAUACUACCAGAACUUCCGUUUCGAGUUUCGAUCAAGCUUGAAGAACUUGUGGGACAGUGCCCAGAGAUUCUGGUGACCUUCGUACGAGCAGCUCGCUCUAUCUCCGAUCAAGAAACGAUCCAACGCCGGGCAGGCAGCAACGAUUCUGAGACGAAGCUUCGGCCGAGGACGGAAUAGACUUCAAGGAGGCAUUACCGAUCCGAAAGGAAAGAUCGACGUUUAACCGAAAAAUCGAAUAAAAAUACCUCGACACGACUUCCUUACGUCGCGAGCAAACGAACGAGAGAUUGUAACGGAUAAAUUCGCAGCAUCGAAAGCGAUCGAGGAGAGACGAUCCUGAGGAAAAGUUCGGCAAUAGUCGUCGUUCCGACAGACGAAGACCAGAGAAACGAGACAUCCGUGUGAAAGGAGAGUAAAUGAGAUUCGAAUGAAAAAUACGAAGGAAAUGCUCGACGUCCAACUCUCGGAUCGUUCGGCGACGCAUCUCGUGCACAAAAUAUAUUCGACUGGCAAAAACAACGGAGGAAAUUUGUGCCGCAACGCGAAUCCUUCUCUUUUGAUGUUUCGUUCGCAUAGUGAUCGUGUGAUCGUGUGAUCGUUUUGUCAAAUCGUAGCACGGUUUUACCUGAAAGUGAAGUGCAAUAGUGACAUCGUACCGGUAUACGUCGGAUCGUGCCGUUGUAAGAAUGGUUUACCGGUACGUAUAUCUUGUUGUGUAUCGUCAAUUAGCGAUUUCGUUUUACCUUUUCGUUUGUUUCGAAGAAAAAGCUGGAGAAGUUAAGCGAAAAUCGACCGCGGCUAAUUUCCUCAACUGUCGUACGAACAGGUUUCAAACUUCUCGUCGAGUCGAGCUUUCAGUGGAAAUCGAUUUUCCGUUAACCUCUCCGGCUUUUCCGAUUUUAAACAUCGUUGGGACGGUUGCGUUCAUCGUAGACGCUAAUUAGUUGCAUCUUUAGGCGAUUCUUUAAACGAAUAACUUUGUUGCAUAUUGCUAUUGCGUCGACCAUUAGCUAUUCGAUUUUCUUAUUGUUGAACAAGUCGAAACGUUAUACAACGUCGAUUAUCCGAAAGUCGAGUUUUGAAACUUUCGGCCAAACGUUCUACGCGCUUCUCGCCAUAAGUAUGCGCUAUUCUCUUUCUUCCUUUGUUUCCAAUAGCCAAUAGUUUUUCUUCAGCAAUCUAACGGAUCAACUAGUCGUGAAUUCGCGGACACCGAGUCUUUCUUACUCGCUUCAGGCAAUCGAUGUUUUAUCGGAAAGAACAAAGAGUCGGAUAUAUGCCUUAUACGCAAAAAUACCCUAAUGUUGAUUCCAAGCCGCCUUAAUCAAAUAUAAAGUAAUGCAACUAAUGUUCCACUAAUGGGAGUAAAUAUUAAAGUUUUGUGAAACGAAACUUCUCGAGUUAAGUGGGGAAAUGGAAACUCUGGAGAAGAGACGCUUGUUCGGUCGACGUUUCACAUUAACGCUAUUUUUACAUUGCGCGAUAAAGACGAUACUUUCUAAUUUGUUUAGUGCUUCGAAGAAUCUAGUGUAAACUGAUAGGCGUAUUUUUGCGCGGAGAGAAAAAGACGAAAAACAGGAAGAUUCUGACGUUCGCCGGCAUUUUUCAUCUUCGCUCUCGUGAAAUUUUCGAACGGCGGACAAGCCACGUUUACGAUCGCGCAUCGUUUCGCAUGCUGACAAUUUCGAAUCUGGAAUUUUUGAAUCCUCGAUCGUCUUAUCAGCGACUCGCUGUUACAGCCAGCUCCUAUUUCUCGGUACACGAUCGCGAACCAGGAAACGUUACGAACGAGUCGCUGAAAUUGUCUCGCGAUGUUUCUAUAACUUUUACGGGACGCGCGUAGUAGAGAGAAAAAGAGAAACGGAGGAUCAGCGGGGAAUGUAGGAAAAAGAAACGCGUUAAGGGAGAAAGAAAAGAAGAAAAUCCACUCGCGACGCAACGAUCGCGUCGAGAGAUUUAUUUUUUGCACGCACGAGAAAACAUUUCAAAAAGACUAAUAUAUAAAUAUAUAAAUACGAAUAUAAAUAUAUAAAUAAAUGAAUAAAUAAAUAAAUAUACAUAUAUAUAUAUAAAUAUCAACAAUUUAUAUAUAUAUAUAUAUAUGUAUAAAUACACACACACACACACGCGUACAUAUAUGUAUAAGUAGAUUUCACUUACGAGCGACGCGUUGCAACGCGUACGGCUUCUUGUCUGCUACUUAUGCGAAAAUAGACGACGAAAAUGAGGAACGGAGGGAAAGAGAAGGGACGAGAGAACGCAGCAAGAUGAAAUCUAGCGUUUCUAACCAUAGACUAAAUAGAGAUAAGUGAUUUCAAAAGAAAAGAAAAAAAAUGUUAUAAUUAAAUAUCGUACACGUUUUUCUCAAUACACAGAAACAUAUCUCGAAAAUAAUCCUGGCUUCUUAGUGGAACGACGAAUGCAUCGUGAACGUGAUUAUAGAAAGAAAAGAAGAGCACCGUUUUUAAUCAAAGGCUCGCUACGUAGACGUAACCAAAGUCGAAUCCUGCCGAACGUAGAAGUCUCGACGAACCGAACGAAACGCCCGUGUAUCCCUGGUCGACGCGACUCACGUGGUUACAAACGGAUCGACCCUAGAAUGUUAAACGGUCAUACCGAACCGUGCAAAAUCGCCUAGCGUUUAUAUUUUUGUUAAAUAUAUCGAGGAAAAAAGCUGCGCGUUCGCGAACCGCUACGCUCCGUGCGUUAAAAUCGAUCGGACGGGAGAUUAGCCAAAGUAUGUUGUAACGUAAUUUUCGACGAGAAGCAAGACACGUUCGAGACGGUCGGAGUAGUAGUACUCGACAACGAAAGAAGCGUUGCAAGUGUCGUCGGAAAGGAGGGAAUGGUUUUCAGUUUCCGUAAUUCGAUCGUCGGUCGAUACACGGCGCAGCAAUCGGAGAUGGAUCCCGUGAAAGUUUGCCAUUCUAGUAACGCUCGAUCGAUAAAUCUUAACGGCAGACGAGUCGAGACGAGGCGUUAGUGAUAUUAAAGUUUUCGCGAUUAGAUAGACAUAGGCAAGAGAAUUCGAACCUUAGAUGUUCGCUCGAAUCAAAAAUAUUGCAAUGUCGAAGCCCUUAACGAUCCCCGAUAGUUCUCUCGCUUUAGAUAUUUAAAUUGUACAUUGUACGGCGCACGACGACUCGUUCCUACAUAAACAGCUACGUACGAAUUAUAUCGAGAGAAAGGAGUGUGCGGAUCGUUGUUCCGACCAACGCUUCGAAAACGGAGACAUUCUUUUUGCCAAGAAAAACGACAUAGUCGUAGUCUUCACUAGGUAAAAAUUCGUUGCGAUCCUAUGGACGACGCAACGACAUUUUGUUAUAUCACGGGACGCGGAUCAAAAUUAUAGGGUAACGUUUGCUCGUAAGAGGUUCGAAUUAUUUUCUCUCCGUAUCAUCGCUGCGUUUUUCCCUCGUGAAAAUCGACUGCAACAAAAGGAAACGUUUCGGGUUUUCUUCUCGAGGUAUGACAGCCGGUUUCGACGAUGGCAAGAUGGACGAACAAAGAGCGUCGUAACAACAGAAAAGCGAAAGAUAGUCGGACGUAAGCCUGGUUUAAUUGAUAGGCGAUUAGAUUACUCGUUCUUACCGAUUCCCCUAUUUGUACCACAACAUUCCAUUAAGAAGCUUGCAGAUAGAAAAUAAAAAGAUGCUGUAAUCGUUUGACGUACGGCACCUUCUAUGCUUCUGAUCCAGACGGAGAAUGAAAGCAGCAAAGAAACAGAGAGGAAGAAUGCGUACAAGCGUGAACGACGGAUCGUUUGUUGCGUGUCGAGGAAAUAAAACGGGCUUUGCAAUACGCGAAAUCGCAAGUAAACUAAUAAAAUGGUAGAGAGAGAGAGAGAGAGAGAGAGAGAGAAAGAGACGGGAAGCAAGAGAGCGUGUAUGUGCGUGAGUGUGUUAUGCGUGAGCGAGGAGAGAUUGCUGUUGGAUAGCAGAAGCGACUCGUUGAUAUUUUAUGCGUCAUACAACAUAACACACACCACUAAUUCGUAAAUUCAACUUAGACGUAAGCUUGCGGUUAUCUAUUUACUAAUUGCGGAUUAAUGUAAAACCAUUCGUAAGACGUAAGUAACAUAGACGUAACUAAAGAAAGGGGGAAAACUCGUAGGAUGAUCACGGGAAUGGGAAAAAGAGGAAGAUGCGAGGCAGGGGGUGUGAGAGGGAGGGAGACGAGGAAACAAGGAGAAACAAAUUACCGGCCAUACUAAGCUAGGAUUUUAUAUCGUGCGAAUUUAAGAAUGGAGAAAAAUACUAAAGUACUUCGGUGAAUACUCGAGUGAAUGGAUUAGCUGUCGAGCAUGAAAUAGCUCGGCAUCAUUUUCUGUCUGCUGCUUUUUCUUUGCAAUUGGGCGUGCCGCGUGGCGCACGCGCUUGCCUCACCUGUCACGCGUAUCGCACGACGGACAAUUAAUAAUACUCGCUAUCCCUCAUGUGUCUCCGAUUUAUUUUUCGAUUCGCUUUUGCCUCACGUGACUCUGUGCCGACGCGCGGCGAUUCCUUUCGAUCACCUGUCUCGAUCCGAUAAAAACGUUGCCACCGUUCUCUGAUGUACGUUUCUACCCGUUUCGUUUAUCGAAUCUGUACAACUUUUCGAUCGACUCUGUUAAAAUAAUACUCGAAUCGUUCUAACGUGUAUCUCGUAAACGAUCAGGAUUAUUAUCCGAUCGUCGUCGCUCUGUCUACUUUCUGUUACCGUUCUCUUACCCCUAUUUUAUUCGUUUCCCGAAAUACACAACCGUAAAUCGUUCGCGGUAUCUACGUUUAUCACAUAUACUUUGAAUACCAAAAUCCACUUUCCGUUAUAUACGUACGUAUAGGAUACUAUUGUUCGGAUGUAUUUGCAAAAGUCUGCCGACUCGUUUGAUGGAAGAAGAAGUCUGAAUGAGAUUCACCGUGCUUGUCGCUGAGCGCACAGAGGGCAUGCGUGCUUUUCCUGGUGUAUAGAGACGAGAUUGCCGAGCAGAAAUAAUAAAUGCAACAGCGUCUCUUCGACUGGACAUAAAUCUAUAGGAAUUAUACGAAUUCCCAAUACCGUAUCCUUAAGGCAUUAAGCUAGGCAAAUAGAGAUUUUUAUACAAUUUAUAAGGCGAUUUGCAAUCGAUUGAUUUAUCGCACGUUUACUUGUUGACGUUUUGUUAUAUACACACGGGCGCACUAUGCUUUCGAACCUGCAUCGUGGCAGCCUUGUUUAAGGAAUCCGAUUAAACAGAUUAUAGCGUUGCAUCAUUGAAAUACCGUUGUCAGAUCGUACGGAAAUCCAGUCGACCAAUUUGUUUUCUCAUAGAAACCCGUACGAACAAGAAUCAUCCUCGUGUUACUUGCUUCUUUUUUGAGUAAAAAAAAAAAAAAGAAGAAGAAGAAAAGGAAGAGACGACUAACUCGCGUUCGUAGCUUCUUUCAGCCUCGUGAACCGAUCCGAUCACUUUCGCUGUACUUAUUCAGAGAUAUAAAGCUCCGUAGAGAUAAUGGAAAAUAAACGAUUGAUAAUAAUAAUAAUAAAAAAAAAAUACCAUUGAAAACACUCUAUCCACUGUUUGCGUUGGAUUCGUCGAGCGAGUGGUCACUACGGUAGGAAGGUUGCUGCGAUGCACGCAUCGUAGCGCCUAGAUGAGAACGCAUUACCUAUUGUAAGAUAUUCUCUCUCGUCGCUCGAGGUUUAAAACUAAUCGAUUAUUAUCGUGCUUCUGACACAUUCGUAUAAUUAUCGUGUGUAUUUACGAAUCUCUGUACGGGCGUGAUGUGGUACACAACGGAUAGAUAAGCAAGAGAGAUCAAACGAAGAACGAAGCUCGAAGGUUGCCCACGUACGUUGACCAUCAACGAUUCCGUUCACGAACAAUGUUCGCCUUGACGCGCAAAUCAGAUUCUUUCCGCUGGAACGAGGCUGAUUGCCACACGGGGACGUCGGUAACGUCGUUCCGUUACUCUCUGCACGAAACUGAAACCUCUGCCAACCUCUCGAGCUCGCCAACCGCUCCAAUUAGCUUAUCGACUAGAACGAAACACCUCGUUCCCCUAUCAUUACCAGCUUCGUCUUCGAAUUCACCUUCGGAUUUACUUACUGACGCGUUUCCAAGCGAAAGCAUUUAUCACGAACGCGACACCGUAACUCGAUUCCUCCCGCAGAACGAACGCCAAAUCUUAUCGAACCGUCGCCUCUUUUUUCAUAUAUCACGAAUCAUGCUCUAUCGUUCUCACAGAUUGUCUCUUCGUUUAGGUUUCAUUGAUCGUAACCGGUCGCAAAAAAAAAGAGAAUAUGUUGGCAAUGCGUCAAAUUUUCAUCGUUCAAAUGCGAGUGACUGGGUUCACACCGAGGAAGCCUUCAAAGAUUCGUCCCAAACGGUUCCAUCUAUAGAGGGAGAAGCGUGAAAUUUCGAAACGAACGGUAAACUCGUAAAGAGGCAGAAGCGGAAAAGAGGAAAGGGAGCAUUGUCCUAAGAUAGAAGCGUUGCCUUGGCACGGUAGGUCGGCGCACCUUCGGCCAAUUCGAUCUUGCACGGUCGCGAAUUAACCCCGCGACCAACAACGUCCGACUAGUUAGUAAAGUUUAGUAAAGGCGUGAAUCUGUAGUUCCACUGUGUUGAUCGCUGUAUUGUAAGCAAAAUCGACUAGAAACACACCCGGAGACGCUUCUUUUCACGCUAUACUGUUCGCUGGGUUACCGACUUCUUCACCGUUUACGCGUAGACGCCACCGUGCACCGAUUUUUAGUAUUUCAAUGCUUUUCACCUUAACACGCAACACGCGUUUAGUUUUCUUCUUAUGGUUGGCAACAACUUUCUACCCUUUGCACUUGUACCGGUAUUAUUCUUCGUGCCGUAUCGUAUUCACGAAACUGGGAUAUAAUCGAUGUUAAAUAAUCAUCGUUAUUUUGUACAAGAAGGCCCUGGUACUUUUAUAAAUAUGGCUACGCCAUUGUGUAUUUUAAUUUAAAAAAAUGGGAAAGUAUAUUUGAUGGAAGGUUUGACGCGAUAGCGCGUUACGUUGAAAUUGACGCAAAGUGCAAAGGGACGAACGAUAAUUUUCUUAUACAGCCGAUUCGACGAAAACAACUGACGAAGAUAUUGUUACGUCGUAGGAACGGAUAAAAAAUGGUACGAACGCGAAAUAACGUUGCUCAGGGCUGUCGGAAGAUUAUUGACCAAGAUUACUAUGCGAUCGUUGCUACUAAAAAGAAAGAAAAAAUCAAAACGCCUUUUCAAUAGGGAAACCCUUAGUGCUGAAUUAUCCAUAUUCAUAGCCGUAGCAACGAAGAUAUUGCUUUCACGAUUGAUUUAGCAAUCUCACGAUACACCUUUAAUACAGGCAUAUCUCAACGAUAAAAAGUUUCAAAAUCGAAAUGUCGUACACGAGGGAUCCACGAGUCGUAUCUCGUGCAAACGAGCUUCGAUUUCUAUUGUGAGUAUCGAUUAUAUGUAUUUCGUGUGAAGUCUUUCACUAUUGUAGCAGUAUAAUAAUCUAUUAAACGAUAAAGAAAAUCAUAUUGACGUACGAAGUGGAUAGUAGUGAUAAGUUACGGACGCUUUCAAACGUUAUUCAAAGUUCAAAUUGUCUAGAAAUUUAAAAUUCUCGAAUGACGGACAUCUGUAAAUGAUCGUUUGAAUAAAAAUUUUGACGUUUCGAACUAACGAAUUCCUAGUUUCAAUUUAUCGAAUACCGAUUAGAUAACUGAGUAACUUGCGACGUUUGUUACGAUAAGAUUUUGUAUAAAGUUGCAAAAAUGAAAUAGCACGUUUAUUAUCGAUUGUUAUGCGCGUAUCGAAACAAAACGAUUGUCACCUGCGAAUUUCGUGUGAAACAGUUCAUAUCAAAGAUACAUAAUCAAUAUUCUAUUUAGAGGAUCCCAGAGGUACAGCGAUUCGAUUUGCCAAUUACGCGUUGUAUGUACCGAGUAUUUAGUAACGUCCAUGACAACUGACAAUAACGGCUGUGAGUCCGAAGAUGUGUUUUCUGAAAAGUAUUCCUUAUUGUAAACCAUUUCGCUUGACUUGCCUGCGUGAAUUUAAACUUCCGUUGAAAUUCUAGUGGGAACCGAUCGUACAACGCUGUAUUCACACAAUAGAAACAAUUCGAUAGACAGGCUUCGAUUAUACAUUCGAUUAUUCGAUGUGUACCGAAUAACAUAAAAAGUAACUGUGGUUCGUAACUUUAACAAUAGCAUUACCUUGCUAUGCUAUUAUUUCAAGAAGAUGAAAGCUCGAGAUUUGUUCAUUUCUAACAGAGCGUUAGAGCAGUUGCAAAUAUGUUUGAGUAUUAAAUUUUUGGUCGGUUUUCACAAAAGAAAUUUCAGAAAACGGAACGACGAUCUAUCUAAUCGAUGCAUGAGUACAAUAAUGAUAUACAUACAUACAUACAUACAUACAUAGGUACUCACCAUAUGCAGCCGAUUACGACGAAGUUACAAAAUACUUGUCGCUUAUUUUGCAAAUAAAGAGCACUCCUAACAAAAAGUGGUUACAUCGAUUUGAGAGUCGUUAAUUUGCAUCACAGAAUUAAUCAAUGACCGCGUCACACAAACGGUCGCAGGAGAUGUACAAACAAUGGAACUUUAGGCCGGUUUCAACGAUAUAGGGGAAACACCGAUGAAAUAUAUUGACAAUUUUGAUUAUGUGAUAAAAGAAAAUCGUUCGAAAUUUUGAAAAAGUACAACUUUACGAAAGAAGACACAAACUUGUUCAAAGACUCGAAAACCUCCACGCCGGAAACACGAGAGAAGAAUAUGGCUUCGAGUUGCUUUCCAAGUUGAUGCAAUUAUCGAUCGUGAAAUCGAUUAACCACCUUUGAAAUGCCCGCGUUUAGCGGCAAACUGACUCCAUAAAAUUUGAACGAUCGUGUUCAGAGGGAUUAGGGAUUUGCGCUAAAUUCGAUGCACUUGCAGUAAACUAUUUUUUUACGAAGAGAAAAGAAACAAUCCUGCCCUGAAACCCUUGUUCCGCAUAACGAAGAACUAGUUUCUUUUUUUAAACGUUCAAUUCCUGAAACCACGGCAACGGUGUACGCAUAUUGUGAUUCGAGUGUCUCACGGUCCCACGAAUCGAUUAAAUAGUUUCUUUCUUGUCGACCUUAAAUGGGUAUGUAUAUAUCACCUUGUUUUGGAGAAAAAAAACGAUCAUUACACCACCAGAUGUAACCAACAUUGAUAUCACAAUUGUUUUAUUUUAUUUCACUUUAUCGAAUAACAAUUCAGUCGAUUAUUGAAUUACCUUUUCUAUAGUUUACUUGUGAAGCAAACUACAAAUACAGUGUACAGUUAUUGUACUAACGAAUACUACUGGUACUUGUCACGCAAUGACUAUGGAUUAUUAUGUAUUAUUAUAAAAUAAUAUCGUUAGUUUUCAAGCAAACGAAUAAACACGAGAAUGUGGGGAGAUAAAAAUUGUAACAUAUUUGUUGAUGGCCAAUAUCAAAUAUGUAUAAAAGUAAUAAUAAUGCAACAUUACUAAUAAACAAAUAUUACUAAUUCAGUUGUAAACUUAAUUCCUAAAUUAUAAUAUAAAUAUCAUCUCUAUACGCUUCAUAUAUGCAACAUAAUAUAACAAAUAGUCAAGCUCUGAUGAUUAAAUAUGUAUUUGUUUUUUAUUGCAUCUAUUUAUAUACAUAUAUACACACAUAUGCUUGUUAAGAGAUCUAUGUACAUAGUAAUCUCCUAUUUAUAUGUAUAAGAAAAUUCUUUACGUUAUGGAAACAAUUAUAAAAACAAUUUAAAUAAUUGCAAGUAA